AUGACACCAUGUCCGAUUCUUCCCGAAGAGCAGAUUCAGACACCACGUCCGAUUUUUCCCCAAGAGCAGAUUCAGACACCAUGUCCGAUUUUUCCCGAAGAGCAGAUUCAGACACCACGUCCGAUUUUUCCUGAAGAGCAGACACCAUGUCCAAUUCUUCCCAAAGAGCAGACACAUGUUCUAUUACUCAAGUCUAAGCGUCUGUUACGAGUUUUGCACCACAUUGCAAUUUUACGUCUGACCGCCAAGGUACUGGGCAGUGCAGGCACUUAA